AUGGGCUUCUUCAAGACCGAGGCAAAGGCUCGCAGGAAGGAGGAGCUACAGGAGCAGCACAAGAAGGAGACAGCAGUGCCCGCGCCCUACUUCCACACCCCCACCCAUGCUCUGAAAGACUCACUACAGAGUGUCUCAGAUAUCAACAAGGGCACAGACCAUCAGAGACUCAAGGAAGCCCACCGACUGCGCCUUCAGAAGGAGGCAAUUGCCCUCGCCACCGGCUCAGACACCAACGCCACCAGCAUACCAGCCAACUACUGGCAGGGCCAGCCUCUCCCCGCCCAGUUCAAGGCUCCGACGCCCGCCGACUUGCGCAAGUUGGCCCUGUCCAGAUCUACCAUCCGAGGGAAGAACAUCGCACUGCCCGAGGCAUUGCUGGUAAAGAAGCAGUCGCAGAAAACCGUAGAUGAUGAAGGAUAUGCGUCAGGCGACGAGCUGAAAAGCAUGGCCAGGCGUUUCCGCCAGUCGCAAGCCGUGGCUGGUCCGUCUCGUCUGUCUGUGACCGCACAACCCCAGAGAGACGAAGCUAUAAAAGCCGCAGAAGCCGCCAGGGAAGCGGAGCUGGAGCGUCUCAGGAACAGGGUGAGGGAACUCGAGGCAGAGCGCAUGGGUAAGCAGAAUGGCCACGUUGGUCUCGCGGAUCGUCCAACCGUACUGACCAGAGCACCAGCCAACAAUGCCUCGCACCCGGUGAAUGGGAUCCAAGGCGGGGCCAGCUCAUCCUCGCGGUGGGGGUCGCAGUCUUCUGCGCAGUCUUGUGGAAAGGACAGCCAGAGCCAGAAGCAGGAUGACGAAUCUUCCCCACCGUCAACGCCGCCUUCCCGGGAUUCGGAUGGAGUGGCUCGCUAUGACUGGGCCAUGCACUGGGUACGCCUCGCGGCCGCCACGGACGAGGAGAGAGACAGCCUACCCCCGGCCGUUAACCCCCAGCAAUGUCUGGCACAAGGUGAAGAUCCGGAAGCAAGAGCGGAUCCCCAGCCAUACGACUCAUAUGCGCCCAGGUUCGGCGCAAACUGUCUGUCAGACCUUCCAGCUUCUCUUGCGGUCGCCAAAGGGCCAAGACAACCCUAG